UCUUUUUGAUGGUUAUUUUAGAUUACAUAUGUGUCAAAAACCCUAAACAGAAAAAAUAAAAACAUUUUUCCAUAUCUACAUAUGAUUUUUGGCCUCCUAAGGUAGUCAUUUUGCCGUGUGUGCGGCAACUCAAAUAAGAUAUUGUGGUCCUAAUAAGGUAUGUGUUCGUCAGUAUCUUUGCCACAAUGGAACAAUGGAUCCACAUGGUGGAGGUACGAGUGAAAUUCGCAUGGGCUCUGGUUGUAAUACUAUUUUCGAAAAAUGCUGUCAUUUAAAUAAAACAGUAAGAAAUUUUUGAUAAAACUUUAAAUCUUUUGCACAGUUUUUUUUGUAUUUAAGUCAGAUGAGCCAACUUUAAACCCACUUCCAUUAACAGUUGGAUGUGGUUAUAAUUAUGCAUGAAAACUUUGGUGCUACUUAUUUGGAGAACAAUAUUGCUCUACUUUUCCUCGAGAUACCAUUUGAUGAGGCUCCUCACAUCAAAACAGUUUGUUUGCCACCAGUCAACAAAAAUUUCGAUAUGUCACGUUGUAUUGCUUCUGGCUGGGGAAAGAAAAGAUUCAGAUCAAAAAAACAUCCAAAAAUUAUGAAGAAGAUUGAGUUGAAAGUAGUUCCAAAUGCUAAAUGUCAAAACGACUUAGGACAAACUCGUUUAGAACAAUCCUAUGAAUUGCAUUCCAGUUUUAUGUGUGCUGGUGGAGAAAUUGGAAAAGAUACUUGCACAGGAGACGUCAACGGUGGUUCACCAUUAGUUUGUCCAAUGGCCAACAAUCCCGAUCGUUACUACCAAGUUGGAAUUGUUUCUUGGGGUAUUGGAUGUGGUGGCGAAAAUGUACUUGGUGUUUAUGCAAACAUUCCACAUCUCCGUUCUUGGAUUGAUAAACAAUUGGCUUAUAAAGAUAUCGAUGUAAAUUUUUUUACGCCGUCUUAAAUUAUAUGAACAUUUGCAAACAUCUCUCUCUAUAAGUGCGAGGUUUUUUUCAUGGCGAUGGAUAUAUGUUCUUCUGUAGUUCUUUCUCUUGUCUUUCUGUUGU